AUGUGUUUUCAGAACCGCACCGUGGCCACGCCCAGUCACGGCGUCUGGGACAUGAGAGGGAAGCAGUUCCACACCGGAGUCGAGAUUAAGAUGUGGGCCAUCGCCUGCUUCGCCACGCAGCGGCAGUGUCGGGAGGAGAUCCUCAAGGGCUUCACAGACCAGCUGCGUAAGAUCUCUAAGGAUGCUGGGAUGCCGAUCCAGGGCCAGCCUUGUUUCUGUAAAUACGCCCAAGGAGCAGACAGUGUGGAGCCCAUGUUCAGACACCUCAAAAACACAUAUUCUGGACUGCAGCUCAUCAUCGUCAUCCUCCCGGGGAAAACACCGGUCUAUGCGGAGGUGAAGCGUGUGGGGGAUACUCUCCUGGGCAUGGCCACACAGUGCGUCCAGGUGAAGAAUGUGGUGAAGACGUCUCCACAGACUCUCUCCAACCUCUGCCUCAAGAUCAACGUGAAGCUGGGAGGCAUCAACAACAUCCUGGUCCCUCAUCAAAGACCGUCAGUGUUCCAGCAGCCGGUCAUCUUCUUAGGAGCAGACGUCACUCACCCUCCCGCAGGAGACGGGAAGAAACCUUCUAUUGCUGCUGUGGUAGGCAGUAUGGACGCCCACCCCAGCCGGUACUGUGCCACGGUGCGGGUGCAGAGGCCCAGGCAGGAGGUGAUCCAGGACCUGGCCUCCAUGGUCCGCGAGCUCCUGAUCCAGUUCUACAAGUCCACACGAUACAAACCCACACGGAUCAUCUUCUACCGGGACGGCGUGUCCGAGGGCCAGUUCAGACAGGUGCUGUAUUACGAGUUGCUGGCCAUCCGUGAAGCCUGCAUCAGUCUGGAGAAGGAGUACCAGCCGGGCAUCACUUACAUUGUUGUACAAAAACGCCACCACACUCGCCUCUUCUGCGCCGACCGGAACGAGAGAGUCGGGCGCAGUGGGAACAUUCCCGCUGGAACCACUGUGGACACGGACAUCACACAUCCCUACGAGUUCGACUUUUACCUCUGCAGCCACGCGGGAAUACAGGGCACCAGUCGUCCGUCGCACUACCAUGUGUUGUGGGACGACAGCUGCUUCACGGCCGACGAGUUCCAGCUGCUCACGUACCAGCUGUGCCACACGUACGUGCGCUGCACCCGCUCCGUCUCCAUCCCUGCUCCCGCCUACUACGCCCACCUGGUAGCCUUCAGGGCGCGGUACCACCUGGUGGACAAGGAGCACGACAGUGCCGAGGGGAGCCAUGUGUCGGGUCAGAGUAACGGCCGGGACCCUCAGGCCUUGGCCAAAGCUGUGCAGAUCCACCAUGACACCCUGAGGACCAUGUACUUCGCCUGA